AUGGUGGGGAAGCUACUCACUGCUCAGGAUUUCAAAAUCCAAUCCUUCCUAGGGAUGUUCCGCAAUGCUUGGCGGACUAAUGGAUCUCUGCAGGUGGAGGAGGCAGAGCGGCAGAGGAUCUUGGUCACGCUGUCAAAUCCUUCAAAUCGGGUUCGUAUUUGGAAGGGAGCUCCAUGGGGCUAUAAUCAUACACUGGUGGCAUUGGCUUGCUAUGAUGGCGUAAUACAUGUGGAGAAGGUCCCUCUGACCAUGGCUUCAUACUGGAUAACUCUUCAGGGUAUUCCUCUUGCUUUCAGAUCCGAAAGGGUGAUGACUAUGAUAGGUUACACCCUUGGGGAGUUUCAAGAGAUUGACAAGGUUGGGAAGAAGGCUGGCAAACUCCGCAUACCAGUGGAAAUUCCGUUGACCAAGCCCCUGCCCUUCAAGCGGUGGUACUGGGUGGAGGACAAGGUUGAGUUCCUGUGUAAGUUUAAAUAUGACAAACUGUUUGGUCGUUGCUCUAUCUGUGGUUUGGUAACUCAUGUUGGCCUGCCUUGCUCGAGGCCAUCAUUGGAGGAAGAUGAGGAUGGGGCGGAGAGGAUUAUUUUAGGGGCACAACAUGCAACUGCAGUGUCAGUGAUGGCUGGCGAUUUGCGACUACAGUCGGAGGCUUCUAGUUCGGGGAAGUCUGCUGCUUGUGUCUCGGGUUUGCCAGCUAGGGUUUUGACUCAUGGUCAAACCCUAGUUUUCAAGACUCCUCUUCCAAGUACAAUUCUGGAACCAGCUUUGGGUUCCUUCUUGAAUAAACCUUGA